UCCCAUUUCCCCACAUUCAAAUACUCCGCUUCACGUCUUGCCAUUGCUUCUCGUGAUCCUUUUUCUUCCUCUCUCAUUAAUCGUCCACACCCAAACACACCCAUACACCACAACAGAUUGCAAUUUGCCACCCUCCAGAAACCAUGGCUGCCGAACGAUUGAGCUCCAUCCUCUCCCAGCUUGCCCCGGGCAAGAAGCCGCUGGACGUCAUCACGCAGAAGAAUGCCGAUGAUAUUGUCAUUACGCUCGCCAUCCGCACGCCGCUGACCAAGGGCUUCAAGGGUGGCUUCAAAGACACCAGCGUUGACGGCAUCGUCGUCAAGCUGCUGAAGGAGGCCGUCCAGCGGAUGAACAUGGACCCGGCUUUGGUCGAGGACAUCUGCUUGGGCAACGUCUCCGACGCCAAAGCCGCAUACUACAUCCGCUCCGCCUCCCUCGCUGCCGGUUUCCCCUACACCACCGGCGGCUCUUCAUGCAACCGCUUCUGCUCCUCCGGCCUGAAGGCCAUCCAAGACAUCGCCAACCAGAUCUCCCUCGGCAGCAUAUCGUGUGGUCUUGCCAUCGGUGCGGAGAGCAUGAGCACGGGUGGCGACCGGUUGAACCGUCCGUUCCACGAGGAGAUCCUGGAGAACGAGCUGGCGCGAGACUGCAUGCAGCCCAUGGGUCAGACCUCGGAGAAUGUCGGUAACGACUUCAACAUCAGCCGUGAGAAGCAAGAUCGUUACGCAACCGAGUCGUACCGCCGCGCCGAGGCUGCGCAGAAGAACAAGUGGUUCGAAGAUGAGAUCGUCCCGAUCACCACCACCAUCAAAGAUCCCAAGUCAGGCGAGGUCAAGACCGUCACCUUGACCCAGGACGAGGGCCCGCGGUGGGGCACCACAUACGAGGGUUUGUCGAAGAUCCGACCGGCUUUCACCGAAUGGGGGAACAAGAGCACCGGUGGAAACAGCUCGCAAGUCACCGACGGCGCCGCCGCCGUCCUGUUGAUGCGCCGCGAUAUGGCCGAACGCCUUGGCCAGCCCAUCCUGGGCAAGUUUGUGGGCGCCACUGUCGCCGGAGUUCCUCCUCGCAUCAUGGGCAUCGGCCCGUCCGCCGCCAUCCCGAAGCUGCUGGAGCAGUACAAGCUCACCGUGGACGAUAUCGACGUCAUCGAGCUCAACGAGGCCUUCGCCUCCAUGGCCGUCUACUGCUUGGACACCUUGAAGAUUGACCCCGCCAAGAUGAAUGUCCGUGGGGGUGCCAUCGCCUUGGGUCACCCGUUGGGUGCCACCGGGGCUCGCCAGGUGGUCACAGGGUUGAGCGAGUGCCGGAGGCAAAAGAAGAAGAUCUUAUUGACCAGCAUGUGCAUCGGAACUGGUCAAGGUAUGGCAGGCCUGUUUGUCAACGAGCAGGUAUAAAUGCGAAUACGUUCGAUUGCCUAGCCAUCCUUCCAUGGCACAAAAUUGUAUAUUGUAGCAAUGUAUUGACUCGGUAAUAGAGCGCACGCCACGAUCAACGUCAUCACAAAUUCCAGAUUAGCAUUUUCCAUCACUCAUUACAAUCUCAAGUUGUGGAGAGCAAUUCCGUGAUGUCUAAGAUUGACGGAGGAUACUAAACUGAGUGCCUCUCCAUCCGCCUUCGCUUCGUGAACCGCCACGGUGGUCUCAUCCCGAAGAUAUCACUCCCUGGGAACUAGUAAAACUGAACUCCAGGGAGAAGCUAUAUCCGUUGAAUGCCAAUGCCAGGAUUUGAUGCCUCUGGCGUAUCCUAAUAUAUCCCGAGAUUCCGGAAUUGUGGUCUACUAUUAGACAAGUGAGGAUGGAAGUUUCCCUUCAUGAUAGUUGUGUCAACGGAGCCGUCAUGCUUCGAUUUCCUUGAGCGCAUUUCU